AUGUUGUUCGGUGUAUUUUUGCUACUUCCCUUUUGGAGCAGUUACGUAUCGGCUUCUCUCCAGAUCAUAUCAGGUGCAACAUGGACAGCUUCUGGUCUUAACCAGCAUAUUCAAGCUCAUGGAGGUGGAAUAAUCCAAGUCGGAUCGACCUACUAUUGGGCCGGAGAGAACAAGUUAAAUGGAAGUGCUUUCCAAUCAAUCAACUGCUACUCAAGCACAGAUCUUGUGAAUUGGAAAUUCAAUUCCUAUCUUCUUACAGUGCAAUCAUCUGGAGAUCUGGGGCCCAAUCGAGUUGUCGAGCGUCCACACAUAAUGUACAAUGCUGCAACUGCUAAAUAUGUUAUGUGGAUGCAUAUCGAUGAUUCGAGUUAUGGCGAAGCAAGGGCUGGCGUUGCAACUAGCAGCAGUGUUUGUGGAACUUAUACAUACUUAGGAGCAAGUCAACCAUUGGGCUACCAAAGCAGAGAUCUCAAUGUUUUUAAAGAUACCGAUGGGACAGGGUACCUAUUGACUGAAGAUCGUGUAAACGGUCUACGAAUUGACAAACUCUCAGCCGAUUAUACAUCAGUCGUCUCGGCUGUUUAUACAUUUGCCGAUUACGAAGCUCCUGCCAUAUAUAAAAGUGGCAGCACUUAUUUUAUGUUUGCUAGUCACUUAUCUGGUUGGAGUAUGCAUAUCCGAACGACAAUGUUUACGCCACAGCGACAAAUCUGUCGGGGCCUUGGUCUGCCUGGGCCAAUUUUGCAACAGUUGGAUCAAACACCUAUAGCAGUCAGACCGCUGCUGUGGUAUAUGGGAGAUCGAUGGCAUUCAUCCAACCUCAUGACUUCUACUUACGUCUGGUUACCUAUAACAAUAUCCGGAACGAAGGCAACUAUGAGUAACCAAGUGAAUUGGAGCAUCAACCCAACAGCAGGAACAUGGACUGCCGGUCCUACCGAGACAACUCCAGAGGCUGAGGCUAGCACAAAUACUCUCGCUAAUGGUGCUAUUACCCUCACAUGUUCCGGAUGUUCAGGUGGCAUCCAAGUAGGAUAUAUUGGCGGGCCCAGUCCUGGAGGCACAUUGACUAUGAAUGGAGUGAGCAGUUCUGUAGCAACUACCACCUCGAUUCGAAUUCAUCAUACAAAUGGUGAUUCGGUACAACGCUAUGCAAAUGUUGUGGUCAAUGGAGUCAGCAAUAUUCUUGCAUUCUUACCGACAACGGAUGGCAAUACACCGGGCACAAGCGUCUUAACUACGGCUUUAAAGAGUGGGACUACAAACGUCAUUCAAUUUCAGUCGUACAAUUCUGGAUGGGCACCAAACAUUGAUCGCAUAAUGGUUCCCGUCUCUUAA